AUGGAUCGCACUGAGUCUGAGAGCAGGAAAGAGGGAGAUAUGGAAAUUCAUCAUUUCAGCCAUGAACAUCCAUUGAUGUUCAUCCAAGAUCAGAGCUUUGCCAGUGAAACAUAUUUUCCUCAUAAAAGAUGCGCAGAGUUAGAGUUAGCCCCCCAAAUUGAUCAUCCCUUCCACACUCAACACCCUUUGACUACUUUGCCAAAAGUACCUUACGAGGGUACUUGUGAUUUUUGUUCUAGAGAUUGUUGGGGAAUUGUUUAUCAUUGUGCUCCUUGUAUUUUCGAUCUGCACGUAAACUGUGCUUUGCUUCAAUCAUCCAUUGCUGCAGAUUUUCCUACUCGUUUGCACCGGCAUCCAUUGUUAUUCGUUCAAAAUCAUACGGAGGAAGUCAAACACAAUUGCUCUGCUUGUAAAAAUCCAUUAUUCGGACCAAUUUACCACUGCACACAUUGUUCUUUGCCUAAGUUCUUUAACCUUCAUGAUAAAUGUUCUAAUUUAGCCCUUGAGGUUAACCACCCCUAUGACCCUGACCAUCCUCUUAGUCUCUUGCUGAAACCAACUACUCAUCUGAAUAAUUGUGGUUGCUAUCUGUGCAAAAUCCAAUGGGAAGGGUUUGUUUAUUCCUGCUCUCUUUGCAACUUUGAGCUUAUCGUUGAUGAAUAUUUCGCACCAUAUUGGAUGUGCAAGAUCUGUUACGAGGAAGUCAAUAGAAGGUAUGGCAGUUACUCUUGUUCUAACACUGAUUGCAAUUAUAUUGCUCAUGUACAUUGUGCUACCAAUAAAGCAAUUUGGGAUGGAACAAUUGUCUUGGAAGACAAUGAUGACAGCUGCAAUGAAACAUUGCAUGAAUCUUUGAAUUUGAUUACGGACAUUAUCGAAAAAACGAUUAUUGGGGUUGGCUAUUCAUCAUGCCAUACUUGCUGCCGUCCUUAUCAUGGAUUUAGCUACCAACACGACGAAGAUUGCAGAUCGUCCUUUCAAUGUGACAUUCAAUGUAUUUUAUUAUCAGACACUCUAAAGCAUACGAGUCAUGAGCAUUCACUUCUUCUCGUCCACGACUUGCAAACACAGUGCAGUGGUUGUGUCGGAAUAAUGUUGAAACAUGAAAUUGCAUAUACAUGCAUGAAGCAUUGUGGUUCAACUUUACAUAUAUCGUGUGUGACACAACCGCUCAUAGCUUGGUACAAGUAUGACAAACAUGCUCUUACUCUGACAUAUUCUGAUGAUUCUAGUCCUUCUCAACAUUACUGUGAUCCGUGUGAGAACGAACGCUACCCUAAUGAUUGGUUUUACUACUGUGCCGAUUGUGAUAACUCUCUUCGUUCCAAGUGCACUUUCGGGGACCCUCAGUUUAUGAAGCUUGGAAGCAAAGUCGUAUACGGUAAUCAUCCACAUCCAUUAACUGUUGUGAAAAACAAUUGGAAUUGCCCUCCAUGUAAAGUAUGCAGUAAUCUUUGCAAUGGACUAGCCCUGGAAUGUAAAGAAUUUGAAUGCAACUUUACCAUCCACAAUUGGUGCCAUUGGCAGUGAUA